AUGUCGUCACCACCUCCACACCGAGACCUGGUCUUCAAUCACAAAGCACUGACACUCCGCCCGCAGCUCGGCCAUGACAUGCUGGUCGACUCAGACUACGACGAGAAGCAACAAGAUGUCGCCAUAAUCUCACCCGAGGACGACUCGAUGGAGGAGGUCGCCGUCCAGGAGCCUCGCGCCGACGACUACGCUGCCAUGCGCAACCGCUUCAUGCCCGAAGACCCCGACCUCGAGAUCGAGUCCGAAACAACCUACACAUGGGACAUCAAAGACUGGCGUACGCUGCCCAGAAGACACAACAGUCCGACCUUCCACACCGGAGACCACCCUUGGAAAGUCCUCUUCUUCCCCGCCGGCAACAACGCGACCGAGUCUGUCAGCUUCUACCUCGAACAGGGCUAUGGAGAAGAGGACAAACCCCGGCAGACUGGUAUGCAUGCGCUCGCUUCAUGCUCGUCCUAUGGAACCCGAACGACCCGUCCAUCUAUCUACACCACGAGGCUCAACACCGUUUCAAUCAAGAGGAGGGUGACUGGGGUUUUACUCGAUUCGCAGAAAAGAGCAGAGUGUUUGCUACACGCUUUGACGACAAGGACCGUCCUCUGA